UUCCAAGAUGGCGACGGAGGGAGGAGGGAAGGAGAUGAACGAGAUUAAGACCCAAUUCACCACCCGGGAAGGUCUGUACAAGCUGCUGCCGCAUUCGGAGUACAGCCGGCCCAACCGGGUGCCCUUCAACUCGCAGGGAUCCAACCCUGUCCGCGUCUCCUUCGUAAACCUCAACGACCAGUCUGGCAACGGCGACCGCCUGUGCUUCAAUGUGGGCCGGGAGCUCUACUUCUAUAUCUACAAGGGGGUCCGCAAGGCUGCUGACUUGAGUAAACCAAUAGAUAAAAGGAUUUACAAAGGAACACAGCCUACUUGUCAUGACUUCAACCACCUAACAGCCACAGCAGAAAGUGUCUCUCUCCUAGUGGGCUUUUCCGCAGGCCAAGUCCAGCUUAUAGACCCAAUCAAAAAAGAAACUAGCAAACUAUUUAAUGAGGAAAGACUCAUAGACAAGUCACGCGUGACCUGUGUCAAAUGGGUGCCCGGCUCGGAAAGUCUUUUCCUGGUGGCCCACGCUAGUGGGAGCAUGUACUUGUAUAACGUGGAGCACACUUGUGGCACCACCGCACCCCACUACCAGCUCCUGAAGCAGGGCGAGAGCUUCGCUGUGCACACUUGCAAGAGCAAAUCCACGCGGAACCCCCUCCUCAAAUGGACGGUGGGUGAGGGGGCCCUCAACGAGUUUGCUUUCUCCCCGGACGGCAAGUUCCUGGCCUGUGUGAGCCAGGACGGCUUCCUGCGCGUGUUCAACUUCGACUCGGUGGAGCUGCACGGCACCAUGAAGAGCUACUUUGGGGGCUUGCUCUGCGUCUGCUGGAGCCCCGAUGGCAAGUACAUUGUGACGGGCGGCGAGGACGACUUGGUGACCGUCUGGUCUUUUGUGGACUGCCGCGUCAUUGCGCGAGGCCACGGGCACAAGUCCUGGGUCAGUGUGGUGGCAUUUGACCCCUACACCACGAGUGUGGAAGAGAGCGACCCCAUGGAGUUCAGCGGCAGCGACGAGGACUUCCAGGACCUCCUGCACUUCGGCCGAGACCGGGCCAACAGCACGCAGUCCCGGCUGUCCAAACGGAACUCAACAGACGGCCGCCCUGUCAGUGUCACCUACCGGUUCGGCUCCGUGGGCCAGGACACGCAGCUCUGUCUGUGGGACCUGACAGAGGACAUCCUCUUCCCCCACCAGCCCCUCUCCAGAGCACGGACACACACGAAUGUCAUGAACGCCACCAGCCCCCCGGCCGGCAGCAACGGGAACAGCGUCACCACCCCGGGGAGCUCCGUGCCCCCCCCGCUCCCGCGGUCCAAUAGCCUCCCCCACUCGGCCGUCUCUAGCGCCGGCAGCAAAAGCAGUGUGGUGGACGGUGCCAUUGCUUCUGGGGUCAGCAAGUUCGCCACCCUCUCGCUGCAUGACCGGAAGGAGCGGCACCACGAGAAAGACCACAAGCGCAACCACAGCAUGGGACACAUCUCCAGCAAGAGCAGCGACAGGCUGAACCUCGUGGCCAAAGCCAAGUCGGACCCUGCGAAAACUCUGGGCACAGCCCUGUGUCCGCGCAUGGAGGAGGUGCCCUUGUUAGAGCCGCUGAUCUGUAAAAAGAUAGCACACGAGAGACUGACGGUGCUAAUCUUUCUUGAAGACUGUAUAGUCACUGCUUGUCAGGAGGGAUUUAUUUGCACUUGGGGAAGGCCGGGUAAAGUGCUGGCUGAGCCCAUCCCCUCCCGCCAGGAGGACCGAGUGCGGGGUGCUCUCCACGACCACAGCUAGCGCGAGUGGCACCUGGAGGAGGAGGAGGAGGAGGAGGAGGAGGAGAGGGCUUGUGCCCUGGAGUCCUGGCUCCUGCAGACCCCGGGGGGCAGGGGCUGGCAGCAGGCUCAUGUGGCCACUUUUCCUCUCAUCCAACUGAGCUGCUCUCGGGGGUUUCCAGGUCCCUCAGCUCCCAUACCCUCAUGAGCAACCCAAGCUCAGGCCCCCGGGGACAGAGGGUGGUCCUCAGUUGGCUUUGGAGGUGCCGGCCUGCAACAGACAGGAAGGGCCCAGGUACGCAGGGGCCACUGGGCAACAUCCAACUUGCUUCUGGCUUGUCUCCGUUCCAGCGUCGAUCGCUGCAGAAGCCAGGCUUGCUGAGA